CUUCGCAUUCGACGCACAUGCCCUCCUCGACCGGCUCGGCGUUCAUUCCAUCCUCCUCCGUGUCUAGAGCAGCCGCCGUCCCAUCUCCGACGGUCUCUAUACGCUCGUGGUCUUCCCCAAGGAUAUUGUCCAGGGAGAACUUGGCCUCCAUGCUGGAAGUCCGAAAGAGGGUGCACCGAACACGUGCCCCAAACAAGUGCACUUUUUUUGGCCGUGGAGCCCGUUGAGCCCGACCCCAGGGAUCGGUUAUUUGUCUCUCUUGCGUACACAACCCACUCUCCACACCUUCACCCUUGAAAGCAUGCCUGCGGUGCUGCGUACAUAACAGCCUGCACGGUGCACCCCAAUAAUAUGCUGCCUCGGGCUUGAAUGGUUCUGGCUUAUUUGCAUGUCGAGUUUAAGGACGGCUCGAUGACAAGCAACGGGUCACUUGAGUUCUCACUGCAGCUUAUCCGGGAGAAGCAGAGAUUGCGCCUGGACAGUGGGUCUUAGACCCAACGGAGACGCGUGGUGAUGGGCGGUGGCGAUAAUCCGGCUGUCUAAUGGGUCUCAUCUUACGUUGUCUCAGACUGCUUCCUUCCGACCAUCUCCUUUCCCUUCCUUCUUACUUAAGUUAAAACCUCUGCAGCUGCACAGCCGUGUCUCUUGUAUAUCGCUUUGCUUUUUGAUCUCUCCCCCCAUGGCGCUCGUUCAACUAUCCACCUUCCCCGAAGAGCUGCUCGAGUGCAUCCUCGCGCACGUCGUCGUCGGUUCUGCGACACCCAGAACACGCCCCUCCUGGCACCAGCCCGCUGCCGCGAAGGACAUCCGGACUCGACUCGCUCCUCUGCUUGUAUCCCAACAAUUCUAUCGUAUCUCUCUCCCGCUAUUUUACGAGACGGCCGUCUUGUGCACCCCCUCCCAAUCAGCCAACUUCCUGCGCGCGCUCGAGACUCGUCCUGCCGCAGCCGGAUUUGUGAAGACCCUGGUGCUCCCGGCGCCUAAUGCUGUGGACGCGGAGAUCGUCGAGCUGCUGUGUCAACACGGGGGCCUGCAUGUGCUCGAUGUCACGCUGCUGGGCGACCGCGGAGAUGCGAGUGCACGCACCUGUCCUGGGGUCGCCGAAUCGCUUGGGCGUAUCUCGACACUUCGGAAGCUCACGAUCAGGAAGGCUUCGAAUACCUAUCUUUCCCAGCCGGGCCCUAGAUCAACAUUGGAUGCGCUGGCCGGUGUCGUGGAAACCUGUCGGUCACUGGAAUCCGUAGCUCUCGCGUUCCCGCUCUCCGCCGAUGCAGCGCUCUCACGGCUCGUCGAAGCCCUCGCAAUCGCUCCCGAAAUGCAUACCCUCCGGACACCGAUGCCGGCAGUCUGGGCCCCGGCGAUGCUCUCCGUUGCAAUUAAUCCGGCGCUGAAGCGAAUCGAGCUAGAGUCGGCAGACGCCGAAUCUGCUGCACAUGGCUCCGUGUCUGCUGUCCGGCGGACUUGCACUGCUACCUCCCCAGCCGCGGGUGACAGAUGCUACGCGACGGCGGUGCCAGCUGCCCGUCGAGCCCGCGGGGUGCUCGGCACGUCGCUGUUCCUCACGGCCGCGCGCCAGCACCACCGCCUGAGCGAGCUGAUCCGCGCGGGCACGGUCGUGCUCGGGUGGCGCGGGCGUGCGUGGACCAUGGGGAGCGUGGACCCCAGUACACUGCAACUGCAGGCGUCGUCGAGCGCGGGUGGUGCGAGUGCCUGCUAAGCGCGCGGGGCAGCAUCUCCUUAUGGAAGGUCGGGGCCCACAACAGCGUUCCCUCGGCUAUCUCGGUCGUGAUCGAGUCACCGUCAGGUGUAUAUAAAACCCACUGUCGUCGGCAACGGGGCGUGGGACCAACGGACGGACUGGAGCAAUUUUGGAUAUCUGAUUCUAAGGGCCCGUUUAUUUGGAUGUAAACUACCGUACACUCUGUGUAAUAGUCGCUGAAUCGCGAACACUUCUUAGGCUGAGUCCAUCGCUCAUGCUACAUACCACUUAACUUGCUAAUGUAACGCAUUUGGGAUCGUGACCUGAUGAUGAUAUUAUACACUCACCGAGGCUACCCCGACUUCCCAAGGCCGCAAAAGGCUCGCCAGUCUCCACCCUCUCUAGCCAAUCGCGUCAUUCUAGUGUGAUAUGGGCUAUGGCCCGUGGGUCGUGCAUACUCACACCUCGUCUCUGUUCUAACCACCACCACAGCAGCAACUUGCACGAUGUCCCAAGCCCCGGUGCACUCGAGCUUUGAGGCGAAGAACGCGCCGUACGUCGAGACGUUCGGCGACAAGAGCCUGCUUCCUAUCCCGCCUGCGAAGAAGAUCGCUAUCGGUAAGUCCGAGUCCAUGGACAGACGGGGAUCGACGCGGUACUGAAUUAUAUUGGUUGUGGUGCCAGUGACCUGCAUGGACGCUAGACUCAAGUAAGCACCACCCGACCCGUCGCUGUGCAUUUUACUGAACAUCGCCGCAAACAGCCCCGCAGCGCAUCUCGGGCUCGCGGAAGGCGACGCCCACGUGAUCCGCAACGCAGGGGGGAUUGCGUGAGCAGACUACCCGCCCUCCACAUUGAUCUCAGACCAGCCUAACCGGCGCGCAGGAAAGACUCGCUGCGGAGCCUGCUGGUCUCGCAGCGCCUGCUGGGCACGCGCGAGAUCGCUGUGUUCCACCACACCGAGUGCGGGAUGCUCACGUUCAGCACCGCGCAGCUGCGCGCGGACAUCAAGGCGCACGCCGCGCCGGAGCUCGCGCCGCGCGUCGACGCGCUCGAGUUCCUCGAGUUCGCCGACGUCACCGAGUCCGUCAAGGAGGACGUCGCGUGGGCCAGGGGCGAGCCGCUGCUCCUGCCCGGCACGGUCGUCACGGGGUGGAUCUACGACGUGCGCUCGGGCAAGGUCAGCCAGGUCGUGUGAGCAGAAAGCGCAUCAUGUAUCAGGAGGAGAACGUGAGUGUGAGUGUGAGGCGAACGCGCUACGAACGUGAAAUCGAGCUAUCUUUGCUAUCGUGUACAAUGCAAGCUAUUUUCGCCCGCUUGGCUGGGAACUUCGAAGGCCCCCGGGCUGUAGAGACCGCGUAGGAUUGGACCGGGCAUGGCGUGAACAUUGGCGCGGAGAGAGACAGCACCAGGCGGCAGAUUCGCACGGUUCGAAUAUCGGGCCGAGACAUUGCCGACCUGCGCGAACUCCCAACGUCCGCUUAUGUAUGUAUCAUCUGGGUGGGGAUGGAUGCCGCCGGGCUCCCAGGCUGACGCUGACGCGGCUCGGCACGAGUUUGGUCUUUCCAAUCCAAUCCAAAUUCCAAUUGAAGCCAAAUUGUGCUGUCCUUGCGGCACGCUCCCGCGAUAAAUGAACGCAGACGAUCAUCACAAUUAAGUGCUUAGCGGUACACAUCCGGGCCAGCGCAAUCAAGCCCGUUUUGUAGCCUGCGCAUCCCGGGCACCCUCCUCCGCCGCUCCUACCCGCGAAACCAGCGGACGAUGAUCGACACCAGCGCCGCACACACACACACGUCAGAGUCAUCGUCUCGCCAAAUAGAGACGCAGGCUGACCGCCGUCUGGCAGCCAGCCAGCGAAACACCCAAUCAGGCUGCAGACAGCGCGCUGAAGCCCUGAUGGAACGUGCGUGCACAGCCCGGGUGCGCCGGGAAAUGUAAAUGGAUCAGUCUCGUUUGGUGGGUAGCCUCCUAGCCUCCAGGUGCAGUGCAGUGCAGACACGUGUGAUGCGUCGAGACCGGGACACCACCAGCCACGCCGCCCGUCCCCACCUCGCGAACGCGGGAAUCCCUGCCCUGCCCUGCCCUGUCUCAUGUUGACACUAGCACGGGCAGGCGGAUCGUUGCUACAGCACCAGCACGAUGAGACUAGGCUCAAUCCGCCACACACACACACGCGCGCGGCGCGCCCCGUCGAGAUCCUGAUCUCGAUCUCGCGUGUGUGUGUCCGAUCGACGUGCUCUCUAGGGUCUGCCGCGACGCGCAGAACGCAGAACGCAGAACGCAGAACGUGCCCGGCGGGCGAUGCGAUGCGGCCGCUCACAGGCCGUCCGUGUCGUCCGUCGCGCACACCAUCGCGAAGGGAGAGGAGAGGAAGGAAGUGCGCACGUUCGGUCCGGGCGGUGCAUGCCCGCCCUCACGGUCGAAUCAACCCAGCCCUGAGUUUUCCGGGGUGUCGUCUCGAGCGCCGCGGUCUGAGGACGUGGCAGAGCAGAUGGAUCGAUCUCUUGGAGGAGGAUUCCCACACUAGCUGAUUUCCAACGGCGCGCAGACCUUGAGUGCCAGGCA